AUGAGUUCCCCGCUUCGCGACAACCCGUCCUCUGCCAACCGCGGCACCGUUCCCAGGGCCACCCGCAAGCGUGCGCGCAACGAUAACGAUGGUGCUUCCUCGCUUCCCCGUGCUUCAAGCCCCGUCAUGCCUUCUUCUCCUCCUGCCUUCCCAGUCGCCCAUGGCGUAGACGAGGACGACGAUAUCGAAGAGGACGUUGCCGCUGAGCUCGAAGACGACAUUGACGACCUUGACGAAUUGGCCGAAGACGAUGUAGAUCUGUUCCGCGAAGGCUUCGAGCGCGAUUAUAGGGAAAGAGACCAAAACGACGCCUACGAAGGAAUUGACAUCGACGAUGAGGAAUACGAGGGCCUCGACAUUGCCGCAAGGCGCCGCCUCGAAGCCAAGUUGGCCCAGAGAGACCGUCAAGUGAGAAUGGGAAUGGGCACCACAUACCUUCCCGGUGAAGACGACGAUGGUGAUAUCGACCUCACCAACCUGGAACGCCGCCGAAGAAUCCGCUACAAUGAAGACCCCGACGUGGAUAUGGACGGUGACAUCAUGGACUCAGAGCUCCCUCUUGAGGCCCUGAUGGACGUCAAGGCUUCCAGCUUGAGCGAGUGGAUCUCAGUCCCGGCUGUCCAGAAGACCAUUCGCAGAGAGUUCAAGGCUUUCCUUACAGAAUACACCGACGAGAGCGGUUCGUCCGUCUACGGCAACCGCAUUCGUACCCUCGGUGAGAUCAACGCCGAGUCUCUCGAGGUUUCCUACGAACACCUCGCUACGGCCAAGGCCAUCCUCGCCUACUUCCUCGCAAAUGCGCCAACCGAGAUGCUCAAGCUCUUCGACGAGGUUGCCAUGGAAGUCGUCCUUCUCCAUUAUCCCGACUACGAGCGCAUCCACGCCGAGAUCCACGUCCGUAUCUUCGACCUUCCCAUCCACUACACCCUCCGUCAGCUCCGCCAGUCGCAUCUCAACUGCCUCGUGCGCGUGAGCGGUGUCGUCACCCGCCGUACCGGUGUCUUCCCCCAGCUCAAGUACGUCAAGUUCGACUGCACCAAGUGCGGCGUCACUCUCGGUCCCUUCCAGCAAGAGUCCAACGUCGAAGUCAAGAUCACCUACUGCCAAUCCUGCCAGUCCCGCGGCCCCUUCACCCUGAACUCCGAGAAGACCGUCUACCGCAACUACCAAAAGCUCACCCUGCAAGAAUCCCCCGGCACCGUUCCCGCCGGUCGUCUGCCCCGCCACCGCGAGGUGAUCCUCCUCUGGGACCUGAUCGACAAGGCCAAGCCCGGCGAGGAAAUCGAAGUCACGGGCGUCUACCGCAACAACUACGACGCGCAGCUCAACAACCGCAACGGCUUCCCCGUCUUCGCCACCAUCCUCGAAGCCAACAACGUGGUCAAGUCCCACGACCAGCUCGCCGGCUUCCGCAUGACCGAGGAAGACGAGCACGAGAUCCGCCGCCUGUCGCGCGACCCGCACAUCGUCGACAAGAUCAUCAACUCCAUCGCCCCUUCCAUCUACGGGCACACCGACAUCAAGACCGCCGUGGCUCUCUCACUCUUCGGUGGCGUCGCCAAACAAGUCGGCGCCCAUCACAUCCGUGGCGACAUCAACGUCCUCCUCCUCGGCGACCCCGGUACCGCUAAAUCGCAAGUCCUGAAAUACGCCGAAAAAACCGCCCACCGCGCCGUCUUCGCCACCGGCCAAGGUGCUUCAGCCGUCGGUUUAACCGCCUCCGUCCGCCGCGACCCGCUUACCAGCGAAUGGACCCUCGAAGGCGGCGCUUUGGUUUUGGCCGACAAGGGCACCUGCCUAAUCGACGAGUUUGACAAGAUGAACGACCAAGACCGCACGUCCAUCCACGAAGCCAUGGAACAGCAAACCAUCUCCAUCUCCAAAGCGGGUAUCGUCACCACGCUGCAGGCGCGCUGCGGCAUCAUCGCGGCCGCUAACCCCAUCGGCGGCCGGUACAACUCCACUAUUCCCUUUUCUGCGAACGUGGAGCUCACCGAGCCCAUUCUUUCCCGUUUCGACAUCCUUUGCGUCGUGCGCGACACCGUCGAGCCGGAAGAAGAUGAACGCCUGGCAAGGUUCAUCGUGGGCUCGCACUCGAGGAGUCAUCCGUUGAUGAAUACCCAGGAUGCCAACGGCACCGGCGGUGACUCGAUGGAGGUCGAACAAGACACGCAGGCAGCGGGCCAGGAAACUCAGCAAACGGGUGAACACGGCCGCAAAAAAGGAGGGAGAAAUCCCACAGGAGCUGUUGAGGAAGUCCGUCACUUAGAAGCCAUCAUCCGCAUUUCCGAAUCCUUCUGCCGCAUGCGUCUCUCCGAGUACUGUUCCGCCCAGGACAUUGACCGCGCUAUCGCCGUGACCGUCGAGUCCUUUGUCGGCUCGCAAAAGGUCAGCUGCAAGAAGGCGCUUGCCAGGGCUUUUGCCAAGUACACGCUUAACCGGCCUGGUACUAAUGUUGGCAAUGGCUCUGGGUCUGGUACCUCGCAGCAGGGGAGACGUGGUGGUGCUGGUAGGAGGGGUGUGAGGGCUGCUGCUUAG